GGUGGAAACACGGUAGUGUGAGGGGUUGAUUUAUAAAAUGAUCCGCUAGUGUUGUUUUGUUUUUCACGUCCACUCCCUGCUCACAUAGGAGGUAACUGAACUGACCACCUGACCUAAUGAUGCUGUAAGGAUGGUAGCUCUGGUCCACGACGUUACUGCGCAUUUCUCCACCACUAAGCUAGAGUAAUGCCUGAUGUCCACCAGAUGCAUGUGCGUUUUGUUUUGCUGGAUGUCUAGCCCGCAUUUUCCGUACAAUUAAUUUGAAAAUUAAUUACUUCCGCCGGAUCGCAAAGAGUUUGAUGCGUCCGGUGGACGUGAGGCAUAACAGGCAGUUAACGCCCUGGACCAGAGCUAUAAGGAUCGCUGUAACGGUUUGUUGCAACGUGGGCGUCAACAUGGAACCACACGCGCUAUUAUUUGACACCGAUGUCCAUUUCCGUUCCAUGUCGCGACCAAAUCGUCUCGGGACGCGGUAAUCGGUGUAUUCUCUGGUUUUCUUCUACACUCAGAGGUGGGUGAAACUAGAAGAACAUAUUAGAAGCUCUUGUGAAUUUUAAUGGAUGAAACGCAACGUUGCUUGGCUACAACGCAGGGACAGAUAAUGUCUAUUCAGAAAAGCUGAGGUUAUUCAUGAUUUUGGGCAAAGACAAUGUUACAGCAAUAACGGAAGGAUGCUUGUCAGGCCCUAGAGGUUUAUCACUGUAGCCACGGGAGUUUAGGCUACUGGCGUCAUCAUUUCUGUUAUUUUGUCAACAAAGGCCACCCCAUUGACAUGCAGUGAUAGUAGCCUGUAGGUUAGUGUAUGUUAGUGACACAGUGUUGUGUUUAGGAAACAGCUCCAGUAGAUAUAGCCUGUAGGUUAGUGUAUGUUAGUGACACAGUGUUGUGUUUAGGAAACAGCUACAGUAGAUAUAGCCUGUAGGUUAGUGUAGGUUAGUGACACAGUGUUGUGUUUAGGAAACAGCUCCAGUAGAUAUAGCCUGUAGGUUAGUGUAUGUUAGUGACACAGUGUUGUGUUUAGGAAACAGCUACAGUAGAUAUAGCCUGUAGGUUAGUGACACAGUGUUGUGUUUAGGAAACAGCUACAGUAGCUAUAGCCUGUAGGUUAGUGUAUGUUAGUGACACAGUGUUGUGUUUAGGAAACAGCUACAGUAGAUAUAGCCUGUAGGUUAGUGGCACAGUGUUGUGUUUAGGAAACAGCUACAGUAGAUAUAGCCUGUAGGUUAGUGGCACAGUGUUGUGUUUAGGAAACAGCUACAGUAGAUAUAGCCUGUAGGUUAGUGGCACAGUGUUGUGUUUAGGAAACAGCUACAGUAGAUAGCCAACGCCCACCCAUCCCAUUCCCUCCUAGUCCUUCAGUUCUAAACCCGAACAUAACUCAACAGAAGCGAACUAACCGAACGAAACCGAACGGAACGGAACCAUGCCGUGUACGUGUGGGAACUGGAGACGGUGGAUCCGACCUCUCGUGGUCUGCCUCUAUGUAGCUCUGCUACUCGUGGUUCUGCCGCUGUGUGUCUGGGAACUACAGAAGUCUGAGGUGGGGACCCACAGUAAAGCCUGGUUCAUAGCUGGAGUGUUUGUGUUCAUGACCAUCCCCAUCUCUCUGUGGGGCAUCCUGCAACACCUGGUACACUACACACAGCCUGAGCUACAGAAACCCAUUAUCAGGAUCCUGUGGAUGGUACCCAUCUACAGUGUGGACAGUUGGAUCGCGCUGCGCUACCCCAGAAUAGCCAUCUACGUAGACACGUGUAGAGAGUGUUACGAGGCCUACGUCAUUUACAACUUCCUCAUCUUCCUGUUAAACUACCUCUCUAACCAGUAUCCCAGUUUGGUGUUGAUGCUAGAGGUUCAGGAACAACAGAAACACCUGCCACCUCUAUGCUGCUGUCCACCAUGGGCAAUGGGAGAGGUGUUGUUGUUCCGCUGUAAGCUGGGGGUUCUACAGUACACCGUCGUCAGGCCCGUAACUACAGUGAUAGCACUUGUCUGUCAGUUGUGUGGUGUGUAUGACGAGGGAAACUUCAGCAACAGGAAUGCCUGGACCUAUCUGGUCAUAGUCAACAAUAUCUCUCAACUGUUUGCCAUGUAUUGUCUGGUGCUGCUGUAUAAAGCCUUGAAGGAUGAACUGAGUCAGAUUAGACCCGUUGGGAAGUUCCUCUGUGUUAAAAUGGUCGUCUUCGUCUCGUUCUGGCAGGCAGUGUUGAUAGCUAUACUGGUGAAAGUCGGAGUGAUCUCUGAUAAACACACCUGGGACUGGGACAGUGUUGAGGCUGUAGCCACCGGACUACAGGACUUUAUCAUCUGUGUAGAGAUGUUUCUAGCAGCUAUAGCCCACCACUACAGCUUUACCUAUAAACCUUACAUACUGGAGGCAGAGGAGGGAAGCUGUUUUGACUCCUUCAUGGCCAUGUGGGACGUGUCUGACAUCAGAGCAGACAUCUCAGAGCAGGUCCAACACGUAGGUCGGACGGUCCUGGGCAGACCCAAUAAGAUGUACUUUGGCUCCACCAGCCGUCCUGAACACACUGAACACACAGGUCUGUCUGGCUGUCCUGAACACACAGGUCUGUCUGGCCGUCCUGAACACACAGGUCUGUCUGGCCGUCCUGAACACACAGGUCUGUCUGGCCGUUCUGAACAUACUGAACACACAGGUCUGUCUGGCCGUCCUGAACACACAGGUCUGUCUGGCCGUCCUGAACACACAGGUCUGUCUGGCCAUCCUGAACACACAGGUCUGUCUGGCCGUCCUGAACACACAGGUCUGUCUGGCCGUCCUGAACACACAGGUCUGUCUGGUGGUCCUGAACACACAGGUCUGUCUGGCCGUCCUGAACACACAGGUCUGUCUGGCCGUCCUGAACACACAGGUCUGUCUGGCCAUCCUGAACACACAGGUCUGUCUGGCCGUCCUGAACACACAGGUCUGUCUGGCCGUCCUGAACACACAGGUCUGUCUGGUGGUCCUGAACACACUGAACACACAGGUCUGUCUGGCCAUCCUGAACACACAGGUCUGUCUGGCCAUCCUGAACACACAGGUCUGUCUGGCCAUCCUGAACACACAGGUCUGUCUGGCCGUCCUGAACACACUGAACACACAGGUCUCUCUGGCCGUCCUGAACACACUGAACACACAGGUCUCUCUGGCCGUCCUGAACACACAGGUCUGUCUGGCCGUCCUGAACACACUGAACACACAGGUCUGUCUGGCCAUCCUGAACGCACAGGUCUGUCUGGCCGUCCUGAACACACUGAGCACACAGGUCUGUCUGGCCGUUCUGAACAUACUAAACACACAAGUCUGUCUGGCCAUCCUGGACACACAAGUCUGCCGGGUGGUCCUGAACACACAGGUCUGUCUGGCCAUCCUGAACACACAGGUCUGUCUGGCCGUCCUGAACACACAGGUCUGUCUGGCCGUCCUGAACACACAGGUCUGUCUGGCUGUCCUGAACACACAGGUCUCCUGUCGGCUGCGUCCCAGGGAGGGUCAGAGCAAGACAUCGUCGUCGCGGAAACCGUCUCCGUCCCCGCCUCCCCUCUGUCGGGUCACUACCAGGGGCUAGGCCACACCCCAAAGCCACACUCUUACUCCGCCCCCUCCGGGUUCAUUUCUUCUGAUUGGGACGAGGACAGCGAGGAGAAACAAUCGGAGACCGGUGCAGGGGUUUCGCACCCUGGUGCCAUCGCUGGCGACACCCCCACCGCCGACAUCAGUGCGAGGUGUGACUUCAUUCGUGACAUCUCAGAUGGCGACGCGCCCAGUGACAUCAGUGCUGACGUCACUCGUGACAUCGUUGGUGACAUCACUGGCCACGCCCUCAUUGACAUCGGUGCUGACGUCGUUGGUGACAUCACUGGCCACGCCCUCAUUGACAUCAGUGGCGAAGUCCCCGGUGAAAUGAGUGGUGACAUCACUAGUAACAUUACUUUUUGCACGUAGGAGGAGUGUUACUGGUCCAGAGUGUGUUCCUUCCUGUCUCGUGACUCCUCCCCUUCACCCUGACUGGCUGAGACACGCUGGCUUACUCCAAACCAAUGUUUUUAAAGGGGGAGUGGACACAAUUCAGAAAGAAGGGUUUAAACCAGCCAAGGAGAGUUUGAACACAGAGGAAGAAAUGUUGGUGUUGUAUUUGCCAUAACAAUAGAUUCAUUAUAAAUAACUUUAUAAAUGAUGUUUAUAAAACACUAAUGUCAAGUUUGGCAUAAUAAUGUGAUAUAAUUAUGUUUCGUUACUAUAAUUACUAUUGUUUUAACAUUUUGUAAUUAAUCAUUUUUGGAUAACAAUGCUAUUUUAUUGGCCGUAUUUUGUCAUUAUCCGUUUUAUUAAUUUAUUUAACAUAUAUUAAUACAUACAACAAUUCAAUACUAUAUAUAUAUAUAUAUAUAUAUAUAUAUAUACACUGCAAUAGACUGAACUACAGCUAAUCAUUAUUACAGGCAUGUUACAGAAGACAAUACACAGCCUACUCACGCCAUAGCAGACCAUGCUUCUAUUCAGCAGUAGGAUGCCAUUGACUUGUCAGCUGAUUUAUUCAACGACCUUCUUCUGUUGUCUUGGUAAUAAAACCAUUAUAAAACGUCA